CCAAAGCCCAUAUUCUAUUUCACCAAUUCAGCUCCUCUCCAAAACCUCAGUCACCUUUGCAGCUCUUUGCCGGCAAAUUCUCAGUGAAAUAAUCUCAACACAGCAGCCAUGCUUCUCUUCUCUCGUCUUUUAUCUCCUCAAGGUAUUCAUCUUCUUAUUUGUUCUUAGUUAAGUAAACAAAAUCUUCAAUUUGUGUUCCAUUUUAAUACAUAACAUGACCUUAUACUUCCUUCAAAGAAGCAAACUUUUAACACUAUUUAGCACAAAGAUUGCAUCUUUAUCUUCUUUACUCAAAACCCAACAAAACCCAUGUCCUCAAAUUGCUCAAUUAGAUAACCCUUUUAGGGUUUUACAAUUGGGUGUUUCAUUUUCAACACAAUCCUCUAAGUUCCCUGAGUAUGAGAUGCCUUCUGUUACUUGGGGUGUUGUUCAGGGAAAGAGAGAAAAGUUGGUUAAUCGAGUUAUUAUAUGUGAUUACCUUAAGAGUUUAGGUAUAAUUCCUGAUGAAUUGGAAAAUCUUGAACUUCCUUCGACUGUGGAUGUGAUGAAAGAGCGCGUCGAGUUCUUGCUGAAGCUGAGAUUAACUAUUGAUGAUUUUAAUGAGUACCCUUUAAUGUUGGGGUGUAGUGUGAGGAAGAAUAUAAUACCUGUUUUGGGUUACUUGGAGAAAAUUGGUAUUCCUAGGUCUAAACUUGGUGAGUUUGUGAAGAGUUAUCCGCAAGUGUUGCACGCCAGUGUUGUUGUUGAACUUAUGCCUGUUGUUAAGUUUCUUCGCGGACUUGAUGUGGAGAAACAGGAUCUUGGAUAUGUUCUUCAAAAGUAUCCUGAGCUUCUUGGCUUUAAGCUUGAAGGGACUAUGAGUACUUCCGUGGGUUAUCUUGUUAGCAUCGGUGUUAAUCCUAGAGAUAUUGGUCCGAUGGUCACACAGUAUCCGUACUUAUUGGGGAUGAGAGUAGGAACUAUAAUUAAACCAAUUGUUGAUUAUUUGAUUUCUCUGGGUUUGCCAAAGAAUAUAGUAGCUAGGAUGCUGGAGAAGCGGACAUAUAUACUUGGGUAUGAUCUGGAAGAGACUGUUAAGCCGAAUGUAGAUUGUUUAAUUAGUUUCGGAAUUAGGAAGGAGGCGCUUCCUUCAGUUAUAGCACAGUAUCCACAAAUUCUCGGAUUGCCUUUGAAAGCUAAACUAUCUUCGCAGCAGUAUUUCUUCAACUUGAAGAUCAGGAUGGACCCUGAAGGGUUUGCACAAGUUAUAGAAAAGAUGCCACAAAUUGUUAGCCUUAACCAAAAUGUGAUCAUGAAACCCGUCGAGUUCCUUUUGGGUCGCGGAAUCCCAUCUGAGGAUGUGGCAAAGAUGAUUGUUAAAUGUCCGCAGUUAGUUGCGCUGAGAGUUCCACUUAUGAAGAAUAGCUUUUAUUUCUACAAGACUGAAAUGGGUAGGCCAGUAAAUGAGCUUGUUGAUUUCCCGGAAUAUUUUACUUAUAGCCUCGAAUCCAGAAUCAAACCGAGGUAUCAGAAACUACAAAACAAGGGAAUCCAUAGCUCGUUAAAUUGGUUCCUCAACUGUAGCGACCAGAGAUUUGAAGAGAGAUUGCAGGGUGAUUAUAUCGAGUCGGAAAAUGUAGGUCCAUCAUUUUAUAUGGGUGGGAGAUUAGAACUACCAGGGUAUGAGGCCGUGUCGGAUGAGGAAGAUGAGAGCGAUGAUGACGUACUAUACAGACGCACUGUUUCUCUUUGAUAAAUUGUUAGUUGCAUCGAACGAAUUAUACUUGUAUUACAUCGAAGGUGAGUUUCAAAUAGAUUAUCACUAUGAAUAUUUUCUCGUUGUCCAAUCCAUUGUGUUGCCAUUUUAACAGUUCAUUUUUUCUUCUAA